GCGGUGCCAAUAACGAGCAUCAGUUGAAGGGCGGGACGAAACUGUUCGCGGGAGGGAGGGGAAGGCCCAGGGAACCAAGCAGCGCUGCCGCCACCGCCGCUGCAACCGGAGUUGGAGGAGGGAGAAGCCAGGGAGAAAAUGGCGGCCGUGGCUGCAGAGGCGGCAGCGACUGCAGCGUCCCCCGGGGAGGGGGGCGCCGGCGAGGCCGAGCCGGAGAUGGAGCCCAUCCCCGGCAGCGAGGCCGGUACUGACACCCUCCCGGUCACGGCCACUGAAGCAUCCGUGCCGGACGGCGAGGCCGACGGGCAGCCGUCCGCUCCUCAGGCCGACGAGCCGCCGCUCUCGCCGCCGCGGGAGCUUACUCGCAGCCCGGAGGCGGCGGGGCCGAAGCUGGAGGCUGAGGAGAAGCUGCCCGCUCAGCUGGUGGAGCCGGCGGCAGCCGCGCCUCAGGAAGGGCCCGACCUUCCCCCUUCCUCCGCGCCGCCGCCCGACCAGCCCCCGGCUCCCGAGGAGCGCCCGGAGCCGUCGCUGCCCCAGCCCGCAGCCCCGGCGCUGGUGCCGCCGGCGGGCGGGGACUCCGCGGUGUCGCAACUCAUCCCCGGCUCGGAGGUGCGGGUCACGCUGGACCACAUCAUUGAGGACGCGCUCGUCGUGUCGUUCCGCCUGGGGGAGAAGCUCUUCUCCGGGGUCCUCAUGGAUCUGUCCAAAAGGUUUGGGCCCCACGGGAUCCCUGUGACAGUAUUUCCCAAAAGGGAAUAUAAGGAUAAACCGGAAGCCAUGCAGCUCCAAAGUAAUACAUUCCAAGAAGGGACAGAAGUCAAGUGUGAAGUGAAUGGUGCUGUUCCCGACGACCCUUCUCCUGUCCCGCCACCUGAGCCGAGCUUGGCUGAAAACCUGUGGACUUCCAAACCACCACCACUCUUCCAUGAAGGAGCACCUUACCCUCCCCCUUUGUUUAUCAGGGACACGUAUAACCAAUCGAUACCUCAGCCACCUCCUCGGAAAAUUAAGCGACCCAAACGAAAAAUGUACAGGGAAGAAUCUACUUCAAUAAUGAAUGCUAUUAAACUACGACCCAGGCAAGUCCUGUGUGACAAAUGUAAAAACAGUGUUGUUGCUGAAAAAAAAGAAAUUAGAAAAGGUAGUAGUGCAAGUGACUCUUCUAAAUAUGAAGAUAGGAAACGGAGAAAUGAAAGCGUAACUACUGUGAACAAAAAACUGAAAGCUGACCAUAAAGUGGAUGGGAAAAACCAAAAUGAAAGCCAGAAAAGAAAUGCUGUGGUUAAGGUUUCAAAUAUUGCUCACAGCAGAGGUAGAGUAGUCAAAGUUCCUGCUCAGGCGAAUACAUCAAAAGCUCAGUUAAGUACUAAAAAAGUGCUCCAGAGCAAGAACAUGGAUCAUGCAAAAGCUCGGGAAGUGUUGAAAAUUGCCAAAGAAAAGGCACAAAAGAAGCAAAGUGAAACCUCUGCAUCCAGAAAUGCACAUUCAAAAGUCCAUUUCACACGUCGAUAUCAGAAUCCUAGCUCAGGUUCCCUUCCACCCCGGGUUCGUUUAAAACCACAGAGGUACAGGAAUGAAGAAAAUGACUCUUCUCUGAAGACGGGACUUGAGAAAAUGCGGAGUGGCAAGCUGGCACCCAAGCCCCAGUCUCGUUGCACCUCUACCCGCUCAGCAGGUGAGGCCCCUUCAGAAAAUCAGAGUCCCUCAAAAGGCCCUGAAGAGGCCAGCAGUGAGGUUCAGGACACAAAUGAAGUGCUUGUGCCUGGUGAGCAGGAACCAGAGACACUGGGCAAAAAGGGCAGCAAAAGCAAUCUCUCUGUUUACAUGACCCUAAAUCAAAAGAAAUCUGACUCUUCCAGUGCUUCAGUGUGUAGCGUUGAUAGCACAGAUGAUUUGAAAUCCUCCAACUCUGAGUGUAGUUCUUCUGAAAGCUUUGAUUUUCCUCCAGGCAGUAUGCAUGCACCUUCCACCUCCUCCACAUCCUCUUCUUCAAAGGAAGAGAAAAAGCUCAGUAAUUCCUUGAAAAUGAAAGUCUUUUCCAAAAACGUCUCUAAAUGCGUCACACCAGAUGGCAGGACCAUCUGUGUAGGGGACAUUGUUUGGGCCAAGAUAUAUGGCUUCCCUUGGUGGCCAGCCCGUAUUCUUACUAUAACUGUGAGUCGGAAAGAUAACGGCCUCUUAGUUCGACAGGAGGCCCGUAUUUCAUGGUUCGGGUCUCCAACAACAUCUUUCCUUGCUCUAUCGCAACUGUCCCCCUUUUUAGAAAACUUCCAGUCACGCUUUAAUAAGAAGAGAAAGGGCCUGUAUCGCAAGGCUAUCACAGAGGCAGCUAAGGCUGCCAAGCAGCUGACCCCAGAAGUACGGGCUCUGUUGACACAAUUUGAAACGUGAACACGGACAGUAAGCACAAAGACAUUAGCAGGCUGCUGGUUUCGUGGACCUGUACCACAGUGACACAGAGAACACCAGAGCACCAGGAUUGAAUGAAAUUGGAGACUCAGAUUUUUAAAGCUGCACUAAGAAGUAAAUGUUCAGGCAGUGGUUAAAACCAACAGUCUCUAAAGGGCACCUGUAAAUUGUGCUAUAGUAAACCGAAGAAGAGGUAUUAGGGGAAUGUUUUCUAAAACAAACUAAACUAUUGCAAUAAAUUAUGCAUGAGAUGAGGAGAAAAGUGAUGUGAAAUACGCACACAAGAACUCAUUUUAUGUGCGAAGACAGUUCUUUUGAUUGUGAAGUUCUUAUCAGGAGUUUGGACAGACCUAAAAGGCAUGGGAUGAUGGCAGAAAUGUUGAAUUAUCUUUCAUACUAAAACUUUGUUCUUUCUCCGAGGUUUAUGUUACUCAGUUCAGAUAUGAGCAAAGGUAUUUCUAAAAUGACUCGCCUGUGAAACCAGUGGUCACAUGUGCUGAGGCCAGUGUUUCCCUUCAGGGUGCCCCUGGAAACGACAGGAAAGAUUUAACAUCAUCCUAAAAGGAUGGUAAGGUACCCCCACCCUACCCACCCUGAAAAUUUGGACCUUUCUUUCAUAAAGCAGGGCUGUAUUACCUUAAUACAUAUUAAGAUGUAUUUAUUAGCCACCAGUAUUUUAACAUUUUGUGCACAUUUUCAUAACCCCAUUCUUAACUUUUAAAUUCUGAGUCAGAGUAGAUAGGCUAGUGUUGAUCUCAGAGUGAUGUAUAUUCUGAGAUCUAGUUCUGAAAUCUACUGAGCUGAAAAAGCAUUUACUCUUCCUAUCAUUAUUAAUUUUAUUUAGAUCCGAAAAGGUGAAAAAUCUGAAUUCUGAUGUGACGCUCUCCCCCCAGAGAGCUCCUCUUUCUGUGUAAGUGCAAGAAAUUCUUACAGGUGUCAGGUGGGGCUUGUGCCUGGGGAACUGGCAGCAGAAACAGACCCAUAAAAGAUGGUGUCAGGCUUUUCAUGAAUUCUUACCUUUGGAAAAUACGUAUUAUAAAAACCCUUAAUUUUUCUUUUUUAAUGAGCAGAGAUAACCAGAUUGACCUGUUAGUGCUACAUUUUUAAGGUAUUUUAUAUUUGAUGGUGCCGUACUUUUAAUAAUAAAUACUGAAGUUUUUUAGUGGCAAUACCAAUUUAUUUUUUAAACCUGAAAGAUAAUCCUUAUUACUUAAUACAAAAAAAAAAAGCCAAAAAACAAUUCAUUUGACGCAACAUAACAGCAUUUGGCUUAAGUGUUCAAACUUUCCAUAAUCUUACUGUAUAGGUUUGGAAUUACUUAACUCCACACUCAGGAUUAAUAAAAGGUUCUGGGGGGAGUUUUAGAACAUUUAAUAUACCUGACUAAGGAAUUGUUUCACAACUCAAAGAAGAAAAGGUAGGCACUCUCAUUUCUGUGAGUUGAAUACAAAUCCUAAUUACACUGUAAGUAAUUAAAAGUUGUGACUGCAUUCUAAAAUUGUCUUUUUUGGAAAGUAUUUAUCAUGAAGUCAUUAUACAUAUGAUGAAAUCUGAAAAAGCUCAGGAACUAUGCCAGCAGGGAGUCUAAAGAUUACAGGCCUCAGUGGCACCAGACUCUCUGCCCAUCUUGUCUUUAGCUGUAUUACCACCAGCAGUACCUUCCAAACUCCCUUCAAGAACCAGACAACUCAUGCCAUGUGAGUUGUAUAAUCAAGAGUUUUAAGUAAGCUUUAGCAUUAUUUGUGCAGAGUGAUGGAAAUGAUAAAAGGCAAAAAAAUUGAGAGAUCAGGCUUUAAGGACCUAUUUUUUCUCAUGAUAAAUUCUCAAAAGGUGUUUUGUUAUAAACCAGAUUUUUCAUUUAAAAAAAAAUGAAACUUGGUAUUUAAAAUCUAGGACAUACCAUGUUGCUAUUUCACUUUCAUUGCUUUAGUUGCUUAAUAUUUAAGCUAUGCUUCAUGCUACCUUUGUAUUUCAAAUCUUCAGAAGCCUAUUUCAUUUUGUAGACUUGAAUGACAAAUUUCUCAUCUAAAGUAUGCUGAGACAUAAAUGUUAAAAGAAUGUUGUGUAACAUCCAAUAAAGUCUUGAUAUUUUUAAAAAUUUAGUUAUUUAUAAACUAUUUACUUUCUAGGAGUUAGGUUUUAAAGGCUAUUGAAAUUCAACCACUAGUUGUCCUUUAAGGAGCUGUUUUAAGUAGCAUUGCUUCCUUAGGAGAGCCUGUAAGUUCUUCAUCACUGGAGGGAUUUUAUGGGACUUCUUUAUGUCUAAGGCUGGAGGAGUGUGAAUGAUGGAAACAAAUAUCUACUGGUGGGUUGUUUGUUUAAAGGAGUCCUGCUCUUACGGAUAAUUGGUUGCUUCUUUAAAAGCCCAGCACAUUCAAUGUGAAAGUGAGGUCAAGUGUUUGAUCAGAAACCACUCAGCUGUCAGGGAAAAAGUAGCCUCUUAAAACUUACCAGACAAUUGAAGUUUUUCUGCACUGACCCAAAAACUUAGGUCAGUGUCCCCCCGCCCCAUUUGUGUAAAGCAAUCCUUUGGAAGGCUGCCAGUUUUUCCAGAGUAUACAUGGAGUCUUUAAUUGCAAACAUUCUCCCAUUUCAGCUUAUCUAAAUGAGUGUAGAAAGGAGGCCACUGGAAUCUGGUAAUAUCUUUUCUUCCUCAAGUUUCUCACUAAUGAUAAGAGAGGUAGAGAGAACCAGGGAAGAUAAAUAAGCCAUGAGCUCAGGAUCUGGAAGGCCUACACGAGAUCUCUCCCCCCUACCUCCAUACCAUGGUAUCCACCUGACCACCUGAUGGUGUCAUGACGUGUGCCAGUAUGUUUACAGACACAAUUCCUACCAGAUACAGGGAAUAAGGGAUGCAACCCAUGCAUACACUUAGGAUCUUAUUCAUGCCCUGGAAUCGUGUGGACUGUACCAGCACCUCCCUGGGCAUGGUGGGUAUGUCACUGCAAAUAUGCACUGUGGCUAGAAGCUGUUUUACUGCUUUUAUAGCUCAUUUUUCUCUUUCAAGUAAUGAUGCCUCCCUCAGUAGUCAAAUAGAGCAUGCUGUGUUUUUAAAGCAUACUUUUCUCUAGUGAUGAGUGUCUUGCCAAAUCUCUGCUUAUUCACAAUGAAAUUUCAUGACCUAACAACACCUUUGCUUAGAUGUCAAGAAGGUAAUGAACCUGGGCUGAAAGAAGAUACAACUCAGGAAUACUGUGCCAGAGGAAGGAAGAGCUGGCCAAACACAGGCUAGGUUAUUGUCCUUAAGAGUUAAAAACACUUCUGGGUUAGCCCUUUCAUUAUUCCCUCGUGAGGCAUGUGAGUAGAAGCUUCUAACAUUGGUGAUAUUAAGAGAAAGAUGACAUGGGUUCUAAUCUUAGUUCUAUCCAAGAUCUUCCUGCAAAAGAACCAGGCCUGGCCGCACUGGCCAAAAUGGGGUGCGGAAAAGAAGUGUCUCACUCAAGCCCUUCCUUUUCUCCUUAGCUAAGGCCCAAAACAUGGGAGACAAGGGAAUCUUUACUUGAACGAAAUAUUCUACAAUCCUGUGUUUUUGAAUUCUAAGCUCAUCCCCUAACUCCUGUGGAUCCUAAGUCAAAGCAGAAACCUGUGCUCUAAAGAUGAUGAAUGGGAUCAGCAGCGUGAAGAAGUGGAGGGAGACGACUGUGUCCGGCCCCAGAAGAGCAUAGCUGGCCUUUAGUAAGACAGAACCACCUUACAGAAGGCAGUGAACGGGGCCAUCCUUCACAUGUUUAAAUGCAGCUGCUUUCACAUCUGUAGAAGACGGACUGGAAAAGCUUUUGCAGCAGCAGCUGAAGCUCCAGCCUUUGAUGCCAACUCCGCCAAUGGCAGAACCCAAUACAAGUGUUACACAGCCCUAGGAAGUUAUCAGACCUUUCCUUCCAGUUGACUUCACAAGGCAAAUAGCAUUCUAUUUUGGGACCAUCAAACCAUUCCUACAAGUCUUGUCUACAUCUGUUGUGAUACCUGAGCAUAGCAGCCCCAGUGCCCGAUAGGAGUUCCCAUUGAGAUAGGCCGUAUUUUUCAGCAAGCCAGAAACUAGUAGCUGGGACUGAGUCACGGCCACAAUUUGUUAGCUAUGGGCUUCCUUGGCAGUAGGGCACCAAGCCCUGCGUUUAGCUAAGGGGAAAGAAAAUGUGAGCUUCCAGUUUCCCCUUGA